AUGUCUCAACAAAGCGUCGCGCCGCAGCGCAAUCUGAGCUUGACAGAAGAGCUGGAGAAGCUGGAGCAAUCCAUCACUCUGACGCUGCAAGAGAUUGAUCACAAUUUCAGCAAGGCCCAUAGGAUCGUAACAACGGGCAUCUUGCCGCUGGUGGAGCAGUAUGGAGAGCACUCGCGAGCUGUUUGGGAAGCUUCCAAGUUCUGGAAACAAUUUUUCGAGUCAUCCGCAAACGUGUCUCUCUCCGGCUAUGAAGACCAGGCGAACGGGAACCAAGACGAGACGAGCGCAGAAGAGAGCACCGCCAUGCAAGACGAGAUGACAAUUGACGUAACGGCCGACUUGGAGGAAGAGGCAACGAGGGUCAGCGCCGCUGGGCACCACUCGGCACUGCAUGGCGAUGAAUCAAUGCUAAACGACGCCGAGCUGGCCGGAAGCACGCCUCGUCCCCCGGCCAGUCGAACCAACAAAGCCGACGUAUCCCAGCUUGAAUCUUCUUACGAGGCCAUGAGGCGGGAGAUGGCUGAUGAAGAGGGCGCUACGAUGGCGGCGCAGGAAUCAGAUGGAGAAGAGGACUCUUCUAUCCUGUUUGCGCAGCAUACGGCACGACUACCGGAUAUAUCAGCAACACCAAGGGGUCUGCCGAACCUGCAAAACAGAGGCGAAUCGGGCCAGCGCAACAAGGAUCCUCUAUUGCAUCGCGUCCUUGACAAAACUUACCGGUUGCAGGCGACGCCUCACAAAUCGAGCGUUCGAAUAUCUCCUCUGAAAGGCAAGCAGCCGGAGUUGCCGCCGCCGCAGCAGAGAGAUGUGCCAAUGUGGCAGGACGAUCCCAUGUCGUCUCCCGAGAUUGCCAUUCCAAAACUGCGAAGCGAAGCUUUCAUGUCCCCGUACAAGGGUAAUGCAAGACAGCGCCUAGCAGCAGCAAGUCAGGCUCCUAGAACGCCUGGUGUCAGCGUGCAGACCCCUGCCGCUGCGAAAAAGACGAAAGACGUGUUUGCCAUGGAGGGGGUUGCAGCCUCUGGGGGAAAGACGCAUGAGAUUGACUGGGACAGCGAUGACGAUGAUAAUCUCGGCAUGAGCCCGCCCAAGACAAUCCAGUUUGCACUACCGCCCUCGAAACUGCUUCAGACGCCGGGCCUGGACUUCAUCGUCGGUCUUCCGCUGGCAGCGGACGAUUCCGACGCUAUUCUGCUCAUAGUCGAUAAACUUACCAAAUUCGUCAGGUACCUCGUCGGGAAGACAACGUGGACGGCGGAACAAUGGGCAUCAGAAUAUAUCGAGCGAGUGUAUCUGGAUUGGGGAUUCCCAUACAUAUUCGAGUCAUUGUGCCAGGUCGCCGAAAUCCACACUCACACCAGUGUCGCAUACCAUCAGCAAGCCAACGGGCAGAGUGAGAGAGCUAUACAGACAGCUACUCACAGCUUGCGAGCACUAAUGGGGAGUAAAUACGACCAGGGACAUUGGCCUUCGUUGUUGCCGCACGCUGUACACGCCCUAAACGCCUCUGUACAUUCUACAACCACAUACUCGGCCUUCGAACUUCUGUAUGGGAGGAAAGCGGCGCACUUUCUGUCGGCCAAUCGUCACCAUGGUCUCCGUUCACUUUAUGACAGGUCGAGGCUCAUCAUGGACUCUAUGAACCCCUCGAUCGUGUGGUAUUGUCGUCAUCAUGGGACCCCAACCGCGCGUCAAUACUACACCACGAUGCCUCCGAUCGAUCGUUACGCGGCUGAACGCCGUCGCUUACAGACAAUGUCCAGGCCCUUCCUCGAUGAUGAGUACAUGAAGGGGCCACCCCGAUUUAGGGGCCGAGAUUUUAACCACCCACGGCUUCGCCGCUGCUCCUUUGAUCCGAAGACUCUUGUUUUUGAGUCUCGACUUGGAGGCGGAGCCGAUGGCUACGUCUGGAAGGUCAAAUUCGGCGAAGAAGGACCAUUCGCUUUGAAAGUUUACUGGGACCAAGUGCCUCCCCAGGAGUUUGGAACAUACUACUCGAUGCAGCGGGAGUGCCAAAAUGCCGCCGUCCUCCAGAUGAUGGAGGCAUCCGUGGCGACUGAGCCUGUUUUGGUGUACGAUCAUCCCGUGGGAAAACGGGAUGCCACGGAGAACUAUUUCGCAUUCUGCGAAGAAAAUUGCGUGGGCAAGCUUAAGUUGGAUGACAGCGUGGAGAUGCCGCCUCCAGGCACCAAGUUCAUCUCGCAGAUGCCGCGCAUGGCCAAAUGCUUCGGCUGGCUGCAGCUCCAUAGUGAUCUGUGGGAAGAGCUUCCCAUCAGCUUGCAUGCUACGCACAAGGAGGUUCACAAGGUCAGGAAGCUUAUUGGAAGCCACAUGAACUGCAUCGCGGUCGUCUACGAGCUGAUUGAAGACGGCGAAAACACUGCAGCCACUGUGGAGGAGGUGGACACCUUUCUCUGGCACGCAGGCUUUGCCUACACGAUUGAGCCGCAUGCACGCAACUGGAAGAGCGGCAUCUUGGUUGACCAUGCCGAGAUUGUUCAUGUUCUUGGAUAUGGAUGGGACGAGGAUGAUUACAUGAAGAGAACUGCGGAGCAGAUUUUGGCUGAAUAGAGUGCCUGGAUGGACUCCAUUCACGAUCCUCUGGAUCUUUGAGGCUCUCGAUGGACAAUAUUGUAUCAUCGACAGCAUUAUGUCAAUGAGUGCGAUUGGGCUGACCCUAUGCAUAAAAUGGGCCGCCAGGAUAUAAUGGAUCAUGCAAGGGCAUAGAUGGGAUUGUUUGGGAUUGUUUGGGAUUGUUUGGGAAGCGAUAUGACUGUGCACCAGAUUGUGAUAGUAACAGCACUAGUCAACGCAUAUAGGAUACUGUUUUGAUAUUUGAAUUGAUUCGUUCUGUUUU